AUGCUCGCCGACCAGCAAACAAAAGAUAGCUGCCGAGGAAACAAAGGUUCGACGUCGAGAAAAAUGGCGCCGGCAGCAUUAGAAAUGAAUAGAGUGAUGGAGGGCGUCAACCUGAUAUCGACGGAUUUUGAAGAGAGUGAUACCGAAAGUGAGCAUGAACUUGAUUUUGAUCCAAAUUUGGAAAUGCUCUGGACAGAGAACGGGAUUCCUAGGCCAGCGUUCCAUUUUACGUCAAACAGUGGUGUACAGGUAAACAUUUUAAAGGAUGUAUGGCAAAUUUUUGAAUAUUUUUCAGAUGAUAAUCUAAUGGAUAUAAUAGUCAGAGAAACAAACAGAUAUGCAUCGCAGUACAUUUCUUCGAAUAAAGAUAAGCUCAAGUCAAAUUCCCAAGCUAAAAAAUGGUUUGAUAGUAAUGAAAUUAGGACCCAUAUCGGGUUGCUAAUAUUACACAGCAUCUGUCCUAAGCCUGAGUCCAAAAUGUACUUUUCACGACAAGAGAGCAUCGGGACCCCUUUUUUCUCUAAAGUUAUUGGUGAGAGACGAUUUGAUUUGUUGCUAAAGUUUUUACUCUUUGUAAAUAAUUCUUCUAUAAAUCCAUACAUAAAUCCGAAAAUUGAUCAAAGUUUUCCAGUUUUGGAUUUGUUAAAAAAAAGUAUAUGUCAGCUAAUGUACCAGAACAAAACAGCCAUAGAUAAGUCCUUGAUAACAUGGAUAGGCAGACUUGCUUGGAAACAGUACAUACCCUCGAAAAGAAGGAACCGAUUUGGCAUGAAAAUGUUUACCUUAUGUGAAAGCCGCAGUGAUUACAUGUACAACAUUUUAGUUUAUACUGGCGCGGAUACUGAAAACAAAGCUUUGUAUAUAAAUGAACCACUACUUCGAGGGUAG